UACCGGAGCUCCUAGCUACUCAGAUUAGCUGAAUGCUUUAGUUCGUUAGCUCAGCUCGUCUUUCCGUUACUUGGAAAACAUUUAAAUUCCUGAAUUCAACUACAGACUUCCAACGAGUUCAGAGAAAUAAUCUCUUAUUUCAGAGGAGCUAGCUAAAACUAUCCAGUUCGUAAGCCGAAGUUAUUUUAGUAACGACUUUUGCCUGGUCCAAAACAAUUAGGUGUAGUAGAAAUAUCUAUUUUAAGCAAAUAACUAUUAUAUUGUACGAAAUAAAAGCAUUUCCAUUUUCUGAACCGGCUUGCCCACGCAGGGUCGCGGGGAGGGGCUGGUGCCUACCCCCGGAGGUCAAUGGGCAAUCGGGCGGGGUACACCCUGGACAGAGAGCCAGUCCAUCGCAGAUAAAAGCAUUUGUUUUACAACAAUCAGCAUGUUAUUACCAAUGUUAACAUGUUUCAUUAGAUUCUAUCACGAAACAAACUGGAUAUAUUAAAACACAAUAUGGGAUAAAUAUUGUUUCAGUAGGAAACACUUGAACUACAGUAGUCAGUCAAAUUAUGUAAUGGGUCACAUUUGGUAGGCAAACCUACUCUGGCCAGAUUUGACUGUGUAAUGCUAUUAAGGUUUUUAGACAGCAGUAUGGUGCUGGAAAUUAUGCAGUAAUAUUUAGCUGCGUAAUUCAUUUGUUGCAGCACACAGUUAAAUUGCAAUGAAAAUUUUUUAUCUGUUUUAAUAAGACCACUUACAAAGUUAUUGUCUUUCUGAAAUCAGUUACCUUUGAAACUUUGGCUCUUUUCACAGCAGAUCAGUCUAUGUCAGCACUUUGUUGGGGGAGUCAAUGUAUUGUUGGAAAAGCACGGGUGGAUAAUUGUCUUAUUGUUGCUCAUUUAGUCUCCUUUAAAGACAGACAUCAGCAAAUAUUUAUGCAACAUAGGCUUAACAGGAUCAGCUGACUUUUGUCACACUUUUGUUCUCCACUCACAAAUGACUGACGAUGCUGUAAGCCUCAGUCGAUUCUACAUAACUUAAAGUGGUCCUUCACUAAAAACAAACAUUUUUUCUAUUAUUUCUGAUUAUAAUCAGUCACUCUUGAGUUUAUCAGGUAGUCCUUCAAGACUGUUGAAACUCAUCAAGAGAAUGCCAAGAGUGUGCAAAGCAGUAAUCAGAGCAAAGGGUGGCUAUUUUGAAGAAAAUAGAAUAUAAAAUAUGUUUUCAGUUAUUUCACCUUUUGUGGUUAAGUGCAUAACUCCGCAUGUGUUCAUUCAUAGUUUUGAUGCCUUCAGUGAGAAUCUCCCAUUGUAAAUGGUCAUGGAAAAAAAACACAUUGAAUGAGAAGGAUCGGCUCCAGUCACCUCUCCUGAUCUGAAGCCCUACCACCGUUGACCUCCCAACAUGGCUAGUGCAGACUGCGUCGGUGUGCGAGUCUUCUCUCUGAACUGCUGGGGGAUCCCAUAUCUAAGCAAACACUGCUCUCAGCGUUAUCAGAUGAUUGGAGAAAUGUUGAGCAAGAACGAACACGAUAUCGUCUUGUUGCAAGAGGUGUGGAGUGAAAAGGACUAUCUUUACUUGAAAAAGCAACUUUCCAAUAGCCAUCCUUACUCACACUACUACAAAAGCGGAGUCAUCGGCAGCGGCCUGGCCAUUUUCUCCAAACACAGAAUCCAUGACACUUUUCUGUAUCGCUACUCAUUGAACGGUUAUCCCUACAUGGCACACCAUGGGGACUGGUUUGGAGGUAAAGCUGUUGGGAUGGCGGUUGUAAACCUUGGUGGGCUGACUGCAAACAUCUAUGUUACACAUCUGCAUGCAGAGUACAGCAGAGAGAAGGACACUUAUCUAGCUCACAGAGUGGUCCAGGCCUGGGAGCUGCAGGAGUUCAUCCGUCACACUUCAGCCGGAGCAGAUGUGGUCAUUCUAGGCGGUGACCUCAACAUGCACCCCGAGGACCUGGGCUGCAGACUGCUGAGGUCUUAUACUGGACUGCGAGACUCCUACUUAGAAACUGCUAAAUUUGAUGGCUGUGAAAAUGGCAUAACUCUCAUAGCAGACAACACUUUCAUCAAUAAGAAGGAGCUCAUCCCCUUUGAGACGGGCAUUCGAAUCGACUACAUCCUGUUUAAGGGCACCUCUAAAACCCACAUUUACUGCGAUUUCAUGUCCACAACCAAAGGCUCCGUUCCUGACCACCCAUUUCCGUACUCCGACCACGAGGCGCUCACUGCUCAGCUGCGACUGAAGUUCAAUAUUCCAGCGGAGACUGGAAGUGAUGAGCUGUCAAAGACUCGGGACUCUCCUGCAGGGAAGCUGGCUGAGUUGGUCGACAUUGUGACCGAGGCCCGUACUGAAGUCAAAGUGGGCUUGCACUGCGCUGAGCGGAUGCGCUACACCACUGCACGAACCGGAGUGAUGGGGUUGGCCCUGCUCUUCCUGGAGUUGGCCAUUGCAGCUGUUCCCUGCUUGGCUCUGGGAGCAGAACAGCCUUUCCCAUGUGCAUCCUUCUAUCUGCUGGCUGCUCUGUGCUUCUCCAUCCUGCUGACCACCUCUCUGCUGUACGUCUUUUAUACUAUGGAGUUGAAAUCUCUCCAGGGUGCUGAGGACCAGAUGAGGCUGGCUGUUGCAAGUCUGCAGGAGAAGCUGAGAGGUUUUCCUGUGGCUCGGCCUCACCAUGCCCUGCAGAGGCCUUCAGAGGGGGAAGGACCCAGUGCCUUGGAUCCAGAGGAAUAAUUCCAAAGUAGGCUUAUAGAAAAAGGCUUUGAAGUCAGCGUUGAGAGAGACCCUUUAGUCUCCUCCUCUUUAAGUAAUAAGCUUUAGAGAUUUAGAUUUCUGCUGCAAAAAUAACUAUAAUAACAUUACUGACAUUUUUAUAUUUUUAUAGUCAGCUGUGGCUUUUAUUUAUUAAACCCUGAUUUCACUCAAAGAUCUGUAGUACAUGCACACGCCUCCUAAAACAGUUACGUUGUUUAUAUGCUGAAAGUCUUAAAUAUGGCCGUUUGUGUCCCUAAGCCUCAGGUCUGACCUGCAUUCCACCCACCAGUAGUUCAUCUGGGACCAGUUGGUUUCUGUUCUUCAUUUCACGCUUCUUAUUUAUGACUGAGAGAAGCCGUCACACCGGCGUUGUGGGUCCAGUCUUUUUCUGUAUCCGACUGUUUUCACCCGUUUAAAUGCUCUGAGAAAAUCGUCCUGCACUGAAGUUGGUUUACAUUCAGUUUUUCUCCUAUUUCACUGGCAUAAACCUUUCAGUGUUGUGUUUUAAGAAAAGGGACAAAGGAUCAAUUAUCUGCUUGUCACAUUUUGUUCUCUUUGUUAACCAUCAACGACGACUUACACUCCUGCUCCCUGAGUCUUAAAGCGGUUUUAAAAAUGUUGGAUUUAAAAGCUUGAUAAUUGUUUUAUUUAAAUAACUUAAGGAUCUAAUUUUGUUAAAUAUGUAUUGAGAGUUGAUCAAACACUCCUGUUCUCUGCUACCAGAUGACUGAAUGGUCAGUUUUUCUGUAGAACGCUGAUGUGAAACUAUUUUAGUCGUUCUCACGGUUAAUGACUAUUUUUGUUUGUUCAUUCCAAAUGAAAGCCGUGAUGCAAACAAUCAAAAAAGCAAUAAUAAAGACUUUAUAUGCACACCU